AUGUACUCGUUAAAUAUGCCUGUAUCCAAGAUCCGGACGAAGGUACGGCAAGAGUUCGAGAAGCACAGAUACGUGAACCAAUUACGAGCGGUGGAUGUGUUGAUCAUGCAGAGUAACAUGGAAUUUCAGGUCAGCCACAGCUUGGUCAAGCAGCAUUCAAGUGCUCAGACUGAUUUGGCACAGGAAACAUUGAACUAUUGGAAACAGCUGUCGCACGUCAUGAAGUACUUCAGACAAGAGGAAGACCCUACUGCAAGAUUACCGAACAACUUCAUAUCGGGAUUCUUGGAGGGACGGAAUUGA